GAAGACAAUAAUGGUCCGAAAACCCUCAUCCCUGAUUGAUCGUGUCGGCGAUGCUCGUCUAGAAUGCGCUUAACAAUCGUGAUGAACUCAGAACUGCCGACCGGUAAAUGGACCUGUCGGCCGAUGACAGUCUCGAGAAUGCGAACAGACCGUGAAGCAAACAAACUAGCUAAUGCCACCCUGCAAGGGGAAUCAAGAUCUUUCACAGCAAGGGCGAGCCGAUCAAGAGUGUCAUUGUCCAUAUAUUCAGACAGUUCCUCGGUCCUGUUUCUAUCCGGGCUGGAUAUCUAUCAGUCUCAAUAUGUAUUUCUCUGCACUUAUCCUUCUUUUGGUCUCGUCGUUGAGCGUCACGGCUGCGCUACCGGUUCCCGGGACCGUCAGAAAUGAUGAGAAUGAUCAUUCCGUGAAUACCCCUUCCGGAUGGGGAUUCUUCUCCAAAACUAGCAUCUGGGCGAUGUCUCAUGAUGGCUCUCGUGGUCCUCUCGAUCAUAACCCCGAACCAGGACACCUAGAAACCAUCAACAUCCCACCGGCAAUCGACAACCCAUGCCAUCAUAAAGGCCCUCUACAAUGUCCUCCACUGACCCCGAACCCAGUGGCGAGCAUCCCACAUUGCAGCAACUGCGCCAAACAAUCCAACCGAUUUCCCGCCAGCCAAGGCACGUUCGAUUCGCUAUGGAACGUCGAGAGGAUUCUGACGCCGGUGGGAAUACUGGCUGUAAUGGUAUGGCUGGGCUUUGUGGCGUUUGGUAUUGUUGCUGCUGUGGAUUAUGCGUGGGUGCGGUGGGGGAGAGGAUAUAAUGGUUAUCCAGGCGUUGAUGUUGAAGUUGGGGAUGAUGAGGAGAAAGCAGAAACUAAUUGAGUUGUCCUAUAGUACAAAAUAUGAAAGGAUUUUUUAUUCACUUGAUGUCAUGUGAUCGUCAACGACUUAUCUACUUGAAAUACAGCUGUUU